CAGGAAGAGAUUGGGAAUUUGACCAAUCGAGAGAGGGGUAGGCCUCGCUUGAUCUCAUUCAAAGUUGGUUAGGAUUUCACAUCCUAGAAUUUAAGAGCAGGCUUGGAGCUGCAUGCCCAAGUAAUUGACGAAGAGCCAACUGGGAGGCACGUCAUGCAUAGGUAGGCGGCCAAACCCUUCCAUCCAUUUAUCUCUCUUCCAGUUUAUACUUCAACUCAGCCUAUAUAACCAGCAAAAUAUUCUCAUCGUUCCAUCAGUACUACUACUCUCUCAUGUGAACGAGAGAGAGAGAGAGAGAGAGAGAGAGAGAGAGCGCUUUGGAUUAAUGAAGCUAGCUAUGGUUUCCUUGCAACCAGCCCUUUCUCCUAACAGAAUCCAAGAAUUUGAGAACUUAUCGAAGAAGAGAAAGUUGGAAGGUUCCCAAGAAGAACAAUUUUUCGAGAAACGAUCAAAACGGGAAAGCACGAAUUCCAUACUUGAUAUCGAGCUACAGUACCUCGAGACUCCAUUACCUCUAGAGUGGCAACGGUGCCUAGAUAUCCAGUCAGGUCAGAUACACUUUUACAACACGAGGACCCAUAAGAGGACGUCUAGGGAUCCUAGGAGAAGCCCUGAGCCAGAGCCAGCCAGUCCGGACGAGCAUAUGAGCUUAGAGCUCCAGUUGAGUAUUCUACCCUGCGAGUCGCUCAGAAAGAGCCAUGCGGACGACGACAAUUUGAUCAACAGGCCCGCACUUGGUUCGAGUACUACUGAUCAUCAUCAGUUCAUGGAAUCCAAAGCACAAGUAGAGAUCAAAGGCUUGGGAGGCUCCGCGCGUAGUACUCCGUCGUGGUUGGCAUUCGAUAUUGGGGAUGAUCAGCACGAGAUGGUAGCAACUGUCUGCACGCGAUGCCACAUGUUAGUCAUGCUGUGCAAGUCCUCUCCUUCUUGUCCUAACUGCAAAUUCCUUCACCCACCAGACCAGGGCACUCCAAACCUAUUCAAGAGAAGGUGUACCCUCUUUUGCUAGUACUAAACAAACUAAGCAUAGUUUAAUUUGGCUUCAUAAGGAUUGGUCCGUAUCUGCACCAAAGCACGUAUGUUAGGCCUUCAAAUCCAUCUUUAAAAGAAAAGUAUCUUGCUAGAGAGGCACCUGAUCUAUUGGAAAAGAAAUGACUGCUCUGAGAGAAGAUCAGAGAUCAGAGAGAGUUUAACUAAUUAAUAUGUAAACAGUGUAAAUAUACAAGUGCUAGCUUUCUCUU